CACGGCUUCUCCUCCUUCCACCCCAACAACCCUCAAUUUAUUUCAUCGACCCACACUUCCUAGCGAUAAGCUUUGAAACGGAAACGAGUCUCGGUUUAAAUACCCGCAGAUUUAUCACAAACACCAACCAAGUACUCGAUCUGAAAGUCCAACAACUUGCCUUCCCAACCUUACGAGAAUUAUCACGAAAAUCCUUUGGCAUACCCAAUAGCCAACAGAUCAUUCUUUACCAUCUAAACAUUUCGAGAUAUCGGCAUCAAUUACAAGACGGUCCUCCGACCCAUCUCGAUCGUAUAAUAGCCUCUCCUCGUUUGCAGCAAAGCAACGGUCUCCUGCAGCCGUGGACUGCAUGCCGACGCAAGAUCAGUACAAUACAUAAAACACCGGCAACGGUGUAACCCGAGAUUCGGAAGUUAGGAAGACGGCGACGAGUUCAAACCCUGCCGUAUCCGCCUCAUCUGUACACCACGAUCAUUCGACUAUUCUAAGUGUAAUAUGAGUAGACAAUACGAAGAUAACACUGCUGAUUCAAAGUCCUCAAGUAAUCUCUCCCUCAACUCGUUACCAAACAUGUCUUCUCCAGCACCCUUAUUACGUCCUCCCAUUCCCGGUAGUCGACAAAAUGGCGGCGCAAGGACACCUAGGCUGGGUUUGGCUAUACCACCUUCUCUAAACAUUAAGCCUGUCAAUGCCCCUGCAACGAAAGGUCUUACACUACAAAUGCCUGGCUCGAUGCCUGCACGACCUUCACUACCUCGGUUACAAUUAGCUACACCGAUGGGAAGUAACGCUACGCCAUAUGAACAAUCUGGAAGGAUCGCAGCUGCUCCAGGUCAGUCUGCAAGUGGAGGGAGUGAAAGUAGUGCGGCACAUUCGAGAUCAGGGAGCUUUGGACCAAUGGAUGGCAAGGGAAGUGGACCAACAUCUGCAGGCUCACAGUACUCUGCAUUCUCAUUAGCAUCGCAAUAUGGAUUGAGCAAACCGCAAGGAACACCAGAUCCCUCAUCAGCCGUCGGGUCAUUAUACUCAGAAAGGAGCGACGGAGGCGUUGGUAUGGAAAGGGAUGGUAGCAUGAAUGGCCUUGAGGCAUUCGAUAAACUGAGUUUAGAAAAAGGACGAACACUAGAUGUUGAAGAUCUAGAUGAUGAUGGAUGGCGGAUAGCAAGUAUGGAGAAGAGGAUCGACGAGCUUGGGAGUUUAGGAGAGGGAGCUGGAGGUGCAGUAACUCGGUGUAUGCUGAAGGGUGGAAAGACUGUCUUUGCUCUGAAGGUAAUUUUAUACGCCUCACAAUAUCUUCUACGCUGCUUACUGACACUCUUAGAUCAUUACCACAAACCCCGAUCCCGAUGUGAAAAAACAGAUCGUCCGUGAGUUAGGUUUCAACAAAGGCUGUGAUAACGAGCACAUUUGUCGCUACUAUGGCGCUUUCGUCGAACCCUCAACAGCUACCAUUUCCAUUGCCAUGGAAUUUUGUGAAGGUGGUUCUCUCGACUCAAUAUAUCGUGAAGUAAAGAAACUUGGUGGCCGUACCGGCGAGAAGGUCCUUGGAAAGAUUGCUGAGGGUGUCCUGAACGGUCUGACCUACCUCCAUGGAAAGAAGAUUAUUCACCGAGAUAUCAAACCUUCCAAUAUCCUCCUCUGUCGCGAUGGUCAGGUAAAGCUAUGUGAUUUCGGUGUCAGUGGUGAGUUCGGUACCAAGGGCGACGCAAACACCUUUAUCGGAACAUCUUACUACAUGGCGCCUGAACGUAUUACUGGUCAGUCAUACACUAUCACUUCCGACGUCUGGUCUACUGGUGUCACCCUUCUGGAAGUAGCUCAACAUCGCUUCCCAUUUCCAGCAGAUGGAUCAGAAAUGCAGCCUCGAGCUGGAUUGAUUGAUCUUUUAACGUACAUUGUUCGACAACCUAUUCCAAAGUUGAAGGAUGAACCGGAUGCUGGUAUCAAAUGGAGUGACAGUUUCAAGUACUUCAUUGAGUGCUGGUAUGUUGUUCCUUAUUUUCCUCAAGACCUAACUCGUUCUAACUUUAUAAUCACAGUCUCGAAAAAGAUCCUACUCGUCGCGCCUCGCCUUGGCGAAUGUUGGAGCACCCAUGGAUGGUCGAAAUGCGUGGCAAACGUGUGAAUAUGGCACAUUUCUUAGCCACGGUAUGGGGCUGGUAAUCCAUGUCAGGGAACGAUUCUGCACCGCAUCAUCAUCAUAAACGAAUUGAAUCCACUGGAUGGAACAGCAAGCAAAAGGGAGUCCUGUCUAUUUGACGAUAGGAGGAAAAUAGAAGCAACCUUCGAUGAUGUAUUAUGUCUAACGACAUUGAUAUGACACGAUACGAUUAUGGCAAAACUUUGAGAUUUCCCAAGGCAAGCGCAAAAGAUAUAAAAGAUCAAACCACAACCACUAGUCCUCAAAUCUAUCAUCAAACAUCUAUCUAUCUACCUAAAUUUUUCCUGUAUCGACCACAUCACCUCACAUCAGCAAUCCACGAUCAUCUGCAUUUACCGGCGUCACCAUGUUUCUUUGUUCCUCUUCUCUUCCUCUUCCUCUCGAAUUGGGUACGGCGAAACGGCUUUUUUUCUUGGGUAUAGGAGAAAUGGAUUUUUUCCGGGGUUUGUUGGAAGGCAUUAAGAGCGAGCGAGCAAGCAAAACUGAAAGCGAGAGCUAGAGCGAGCGGUUGAAGGGGUUGCGAAUGCGAAUGAGUAGCGCUGUAAAGGCUUCUCGUUCUGAUUGUACUACUUACAUAUCCUUAGCUAUCUAUCUACCUACCUACCAAUCUAUCUAUUUACCUACCUAUAUCUAAAAUUCACGUUCACGUGGUAUCUCGUGCUUGGAUCAUCUGGACAUUGAGCAGAGGAGAUAACUGAGUGAUCGGGCAACAAUUGGAUUUAUCGAAAUCUCCCAGAGUGCAUAGAUAGCACGCUGGAUCAAACAGU